GACCACAGUUGACCAAAUAAUGCAGAACAUAACCUAAAAUAGUAUUAUUAUUUUCAGUAUUAUUAAAUCCUUCCUGUUUCCCUUAAACUCGCACCACGAUUGCGUAGAAGGUAUUUUUGGUUGUAAAUCUGCAACAAUAUUGAAAAUUGGCGCUUUUUGCCUCCAUUGGCAAUGUUUGUGUACCUUAGUUGUACCAGUAUCGCCAUCUGCGCUGGGCUUUGCAUAAUAUGCCCUAUAUUCGUAGAUAUUCUGUAAAAAGAUAUUUUGUUGUCUGUGAUGUGAAUCAUAGAGUAAAAUCUAUAGACAAUGUCAUUCUAUGUAAGCUUUUUUCAAGCUUGCUUCACGAAAACAACGGACUAGUGUGUAUGGAAGUGCGUUAGAUUGAUUGCGCCGCAAAUAAUUUUUAACGGUGUCGCAUGAGGUGAGGAAUGAAUGUGAAAAAAUAAUUUAAUUGUGGUCAUAAGAAGGUGAACAACUUUAAGAAAUAAUAUCAAAUUCACUAUGGCUAGUUUAGAGCAACAAGCAUCUAAGCUCUUGGAUUUCAAUCAAAAAUUGGACAUAACUUUGUUGGAUAACAUUGUGGGAUGUCUUUAUUCUACUGUAGGAGAGCAGCAACGUAUAGCUCAAGAUAUACUGACUGCCCUUAAAGAACACCCCGAUGCUUGGACCCGAGUUGAUACCAUUUUAGAGUAUUCUCAAAACCAGGAAACGAAAUAUUAUGCCCUACAAAUAUUGGAACAAGUUAUUCAAACCAGAUGGAAAGUUCUGCCACGGAAUCAAUGUGAAGGAAUUAAAAAGUACAUUGUUGGUCUUAUUAUAAAGAAUUCAUCAGAUCCUGUUGUGAUGGAAAACAACAAAGUGUAUCUGAAGAAGCUUAAUAUGAUAUUGAUUCAAGUGUUAAAAAGAGAGUGGCCUCACAACUGGGAGACAUUCAUCAGUGACAUUGUGGGAGCUUCAAAAACCAAUGAGAGUUUAUGUCAAAACAACAUGGUUAUUUUAAAACUGCUAAGUGAAGAAGUGUUUGUUUUUAGUACAGGUCAGCUCACACAGACUAAAGCCAAACACCUAAAGGACACUAUGUGCUCAGAAUUCAGUCAAAUUUUCCAGCUUUGUCAAUUUGUACUUGAAAAUUCACAAAAUGCACCAUUAGUGGAUGCAACACUUCACACUUUAUUGAGAUUCUUAAACUGGAUUCCACUUGGUUACAUAUUUGAGAUGAAGUUAAUAAGUACUUUAAUAUUUAAAUUUUUGAAUGUGCCUAUGUUCCGCAACGUUACACUCAGUUGUCUCACGGAAAUAGCUGGUGUGACUGUCAGCAAUUAUGAAGAGCAGUUUGUGGCUCUGUUGGUGCAGACAAUGGAGCAGCUGGAGGUCAUGCUGCCCCUGAGCACUAACAUACGUGAGGCAUAUGCAGCAGGCCGACAUCAGGAACAAGUUUUUAUUCAGAAUUUGGCAUUGUUCUUGUGUACAUACUUAAAAGAGCAUGGUCGACUAAUUGAGAGAAGAGGACUCACCAACACUUUGAUGAAUGCUCUUCGCUACCUUGUGUUGAUAUCUGAAGUUGAAGAAGUAGAAAUUUUUAAGAUCUGCUUAGAAUUUUGGAAUUCCUUAACAUCGGACUUGUACAAGAUGGCCCCAUGCUCACAUUCUUCAAGCCUAUACGGCUUAGGAAAAGGAGUAGGAAGAAAGGCAUUGUAUGCCGAAGUACUAAGCAGUGUACGGUAUAUUAUGAUAUCAAGAAUGGCUAAACCUGAAGAAGUGUUGGUAGUUGAAAAUGAAAAUGGUGAGGUGGUCAGGGAGUUCAUGAAGGAUACUGAUUCGAUAAAUCUGUACAAGAACAUGAGGGAAACAUUGGUGUACUUGACUCAUUUGGAUUAUCAGGAUACAGAGCGUAUUAUGACAGAAAAGCUGCAGAAUCAAGUAAAUGGUACAGAAUGGUCAUGGAAAAAUCUUAAUACAUUGUGUUGGGCGAUUGGCUCGAUUUCGGGUGCAAUGCUGGAGGAAGAUGAGAAACGCUUUCUUGUUGUUGUUAUCAAGGAGUUAUUAGGAUUGUGUGAGCAAAAAAAAGGCAAAGACAAUAAAGCUAUUAUUGCUAGCAACAUUAUGUAUGUGGUUGGACAGUAUCCACGUUUUCUUCGAGCCCAUUGGAAGUUUUUGAAAACUGUUGUGAACAAACUUUUUGAAUUCAUGCAUGAAACUCAUGAUGGUGUACAAGACAUGGCUUGUGACACUUUUAUUAAGAUAGCACUCAAAUGUCGUCGGCAUUUUGUCACCACACAAGUUGGAGAAGCUUGCCCGUUUAUUGAAGAAAUUUUAAGCACAAUCAGUACCAUUAUUUGUGACUUGCAAACACUUCAAGUGCAUACAUUCUAUGAAGCCAUAGGAUAUAUGAUCAGUGCACAAAUUGAUCAAGUAGCUCAAGAGCAACUGAUUGAAAAGUAUAUGUUGUUACCUAAUCAAGUUUGGGAUGACAUUAUAUCACAAGCAUCACAUAAUGUUGACAUAUUAAAAGAUCCUGAAGCUGUGAAACAACUUGUGAGUAUAGUGAAGACUAAUGUGCGAGCUUGUCGUGCUUUGGGUCAUCCUUAUGUUGUGCAGCUUGGCAGAAUAUACUUGGAUAUGCUAAAUGUCUACAAAGUCAUGUCAGAAAAUAUUAGCCAAGCGAUUGCACUUAAUGGAGUAGUUGUCACUAAACAACCGCUGAUCAAGAACAUGAGGAUAAUAAAGAAAGAAACACUACGGUUGAUUGCGAGCUGGGUUUCAAGAUCUACAGAUAAUACGAUGGUGUUGGAAAAUUUCAUCCCUCCACUCCUUGAUGCUGUCCUUUUGGAUUACCAGAGGACCACAGUGCCAGAGGCCCGAGAACCUGAAGUGCUAUCUUGUAUGGGGGCAAUUGUUUACAGACUGGAAGGUGAUAUAACAUCUGAAGUACCCAAGAUUUUCGAUGCAGUUUUUGAAUGUACCCUGGAGAUGAUCAACAAAGACUUCGAAGAGUAUCCCGAGCACAGAACAGAGUUUUUCUUGCUUUUGCAAGCGGUGAAUACACAUUGUUUCAAGGCAUUCCUAAGUAUACCACCAGCACAGUUCAAGUUGGUGUUGGAUUCCAUUAUUUGGGCAUUUAAGCAUACAAUGAGGAAUGUGGCAGACACAGGACUGCAGAUCCUGUACAAGCUGCUGCAAAACGUGGCGGAGCACCCGCAGGCAGCGCAAAGCUUCUACCAGACGUACUUGUGCGACAUCCUGGAGCACGUGUUCAGUGUGGUCACCGACACCUCGCACGGCGCCGGCCUCACUAUGCACGCCACUAUAUUAGCGCACAUCUUUGCUUUGGUCGAAGCUGGAUGUGUGAAAGUGCCACUGGGACCCACUCCUGAUAAUGUAGUAUAUAUACAGGAAUAUGUGGCAAAUCUUCUCAAAACUGCAUUCCCUCAUUUAACCGACAAUCAGAUCAAAAUUACUGUGCAAGGUUUAUUCAACUUUGAUCAAGAUAUUCCUGCCUUCAAAGAUCAUCUCAGAGAUUUCUUAGUACAGAUAAGAGAAUACACUGGUGAAGACGACAGUGAUUUGUACUUAGAAGAGCGUCUGUUCGCUCUCCGCCAAGCGCAGGAAGAGAAGAGACGAGUCCAGUUGUCGGUCCCCGGCAUUCUGAACCCCCACGAACUGCCUGAGGAGAUGCAAGAUUAAUCCUAACCCUAAGUUAUGUGGUAACAGUUCACUUUAGAAUAAUAGUUAUGUCUAAAGAGAUAAGUAAAUGCCUAUUCAUUACA